AUGUGGGCGACUUUCGUCGAGAAUUUAGGGGUGAAUCCGUCCUCAGUACAGCGAUUCUUGUCUCUGACCACCUACACCGCCGUAAAACGGGCGGCCAUCGUGUUUGGGGUGGGAACUGCUAUCACGAAGGUGGCCAGUUGCUGGAUUGGUUUCAUUCUCUUUGCGACGUACAUGGAUUGCGACCCCUUCUCGCUGGGGAAGAUUAACAGGGUUGCCCAGAUGCUUCCCUACUACCUGCCGGACGUGGGGCGUAUCAAGGGGCUGCCCGGACUGCUCGUCGCUGGCGUCUGCGGAACCGCGCUCAGCUCAACUAACGAAGACUUCCUCAGGUCUAGUCACAUCUCCAGAAGGACGACCAGUCGGAUACUCAAGAUAAUCGUGGUGGUCAGCGGGCUGCUGUGUUUGGGGCUGAUAUUCGUCAUUGAAAAGCUGGGAGGAGUGGUUCAGAUCUUCUUGAGUUUCCAUGCAGUGACGCACGGACCUCUUCUGGGCCUCAUCUCCUUGGGAAUGCUAUUUCCAAUCGGGGCUCUCUGGGGAGGAAUCGUUUCGUCAAUUCUCACUGCCAUGCUCGUCUUCGGCGCCCAAGCCUACAUUUUCAUGGGCAGGGUGAAGCACGAGUAUAAACCGAUGUCGACGGAACACUGCGUCGCCAAAUUCACCAUCAUAUCGAAACCCUCGGAGGCAGAUCCCGAGAAACCGCCGCUCACAUUCCAGAUAUCGUUCCACUUCUACACGCUGAUCAGCGUGGGUGUUUUAGUCGGCUGGUGGACGAGGAAGAAGGACGAUCCGAAGGUGGACCGCGACCUGUUAAGUCCGGUAAUCUACCGCUUCCUUUCGCGUGAAAAUUCGGCGCAGCAAGAGCUCGCCACUUACGAAUCGAUCGAAAAGGCGCUGGCGAAUGUAACCAGUGGUGCAGACGAGGAGAAAGUCAAUAAAUGA